AUGGAUAUCGUGCAGAAUCCAUUCUCCAGGCAACUGCGCACUGCGCUUGCCUCCAAGCCUUUCGACAUCUGGAGCAUUCCCGGGUCGGAUCCGCUUGCCCAAGAUGAGGACUGCUCUUAUGACAUGGAAACACAAUCCUGCGCAGGAGAAAGCUAUGCGCCGAUGGAUGAAGACGAAGGAGACGGAGACGCAGGAGACAGAUCAGACGCCGAUUGGGCUAUGGAGACCCAAAGUGCGGAUGAUCAUGGUCCCGCAGCGGACCCUAAUGAAACGUUUGAUGCUCCCGUGUCUAUUGACAGUCUAGACAAACGAGUUCGGUCCAUGGAACGUCAGCUCGAAAAACAAAAUCCCUGGAACGACGAUAUGGCACGAGGCAUGAAGACCAUGCAGGGUGGGUACCAGGAAGUCUCGAUGCUCCGAGAAGAGUCGGCCAUGCUGAAAAAGAGGUAG